CCCAACAUCCCGAUUCCUGUCCCUCCCCCAGCUCUCGCACCCCGGGCCUGUCACCGGUACCAUUUGAUACAGGAAAGAUCUCCCGUCAGCCAGCUAGCGCCAAGCAUCCGCCAAAAUGAGAAGCAAGGCUACAUCGUCCGCCCUCAGCUCAUACAACGACACCGCCUAUCCGUACAAUCUCGGCACAUUCCAUCGCGCCGUGAGUACGUCGAACCAGGAUGCUCAGGUAUGGUUCAACCGCGGCCUGACGUGGGCGUAUGCCUUCAACCAUGAGGAGUCAGCGAGGUGCUUCCGGAAAGUCAUUGAGAAUGACCCGUUCUGCGCCAUGGCCUACUGGGGACUCGCAUUCGUCCUUGGGCCCAACUACAACAAGCCAUGGAAGGUUUUUGAUGGAGAAGAUCUCGCUGAUACGACCAAACGUGCACAUCACACGAUCAUGCAGGCAAAGAGCCACUCAGGCAAGGCUACGCCGGUCGAGAUUGCGCUCAUCAAUGCUUUGUCUUGUCGCUACCCGCAGGAGAAGCCGGCGGAAGAUUGCUCGAAGUGGAACCAGGACUAUGCCCAAGCCAUGGACCUGGUACUGCAAGCAUAUCCUGAUGACCUCGAUGUGGUUGCUUUGUGGACGGACGCCACCAUGAAUGUUACGCCUUGGAAGUUAUGGGACUACAGGACUGGAAAGCCAACGCCAGGUGCCAGGACGUUGGAGAUCAAGGAUGUGAUGGACCGCACUUUCAGGCUGAGAGGCUCCUUGCAACAUCCAGGCCUCCUUCAUCUAUAUAUCCAUCUCAUGGAAAUGUCACCAACUCCGGAAGCCGCCCUGACUAUAGCUGACAAUCUUCGCGGACUUGUCCCAGACGCGGGACAUCUCGAGCACAUGCCCACGCAUCUGGACAUUAUCUGUGGAGAAUAUCGUCGCGCCAUCGCUUCCAACUCUGACGCGAUCCGUGCCGACUCCAAGUUUCUCGCCCGCGAGGGCCCUCUCAACUUCUACACACUGUACCGGUCUCAUGACUUUCACUUCAGGCUAUAUGCCGCCAUGUUGUGCGGUCAGUCUCGGGUAGCCCUCAUAACGGUGGAAGAGCUUGAGUCGACUAUUUCUGAAGAUCUCCUGCGAGUCGAGUCCCCGCCAAUGGCAGACUGGCUUGAGGGCUUCCUCGGUAUGAGAAUGCAUGCUCUCGUUCGUUUCGGCCGCUGGGAAGCUAUCCACGCUCUUGAACUCCCGCGAGAUCCCAAGCUUUACUGCUCAACCAUUGCCAUGACACACUAUGCAAAGGGCAUAGCCUACGCUGUGCAGGGCCGAAUCGAAGAGGCGGAAAAGCAGCGCGUACUCUUUGCCGAGGCAGUAAAACGGGUACCGUUAUCUCGCUCGGUCUUUAACAACACUUGUCAGUCGAUUCUCUCCAUUGCCGAGGCUAUGCUAGAUGGAGAGUUGGCAUACCGAAAGAAGGACUACGAUAUCGCUUUUGCUCAUCUGCGGAAAGCUGUGGAGAGAGACGAUGCACUACCCUACGAUGAGCCAUGGGGGUGGAUGCAACCAGCACGACAUGCGCUCGGCGCGCUACUGCUGGAGCAGGGCCAUGUCGAGGAGGCAGCGGCUGUCUACAGCGCAGACCUCGGGGUUGACGAGACGUUGCCACGGGCUCUGCGACAUCCUAACAACGUGUGGGCACUGCACGGAUUCUACGAGUGUCUGAUGAAGUUGGGCCGGGUAGACGAGGCCAAGAUCCUCAAGCCGCAACUUCAACUGGCGUUAGCCGUGGCGGACGUUCCCGUCAAGUCUUCGUGCUUCUGUCGCUUGAAGACGGUCGAUUGACAGGUGCGGUCCCUGAGGCCUCCGUCUCAGCGUCGCCUCAGAGACCUUGAGAGACCACGUGCCAGUUUAUGACACUGGCUUCCAGGCGAGGAAAUGGAUGGUGUAGUGAGAUGGAUCAUGGAAAUGGGUAGCUUCAGACUGACAAGGGCAUUGGACGGGAAGGACAUGGGCAUAACGGAAAGGGAUUGCAUCAACGGAAAGCAUUCGUUUCGUGGUUUAGCAAAAACAAGAAGAGAUCACUUUUACUUCACUAGAAUUACAAAUCUCUUCAAUAACGGCCAAUCCUUUUACCUACUCAAGCCGAUCAUACAAGUGCGGUUGACGUAUUUGCUUCGCCUGUGAUACAAUUUCUUUUACUUAGCCCUAUCGGCUUUGUGAUCUGGUGCUUCUUUCUUCGAAUAACUCAGAUGACAAACAGAAUGCU